ACUUCCGGCGGCGCGGGCACUUCCGGUUCAUUUGGAGGACGCCGACGAUGGGACACGGACCCGAGCUGCCGGACUACAGGAGCUGGAGCCCGCGGGGCACCCCGCUGGAGGUGGUGCAGGAGCGGCUGGCACGGCGGGGCCUUCGGGACCCCUGGGCCCGCAACGAGGCCUGGCGGUACAGUGGAGGCUUUGCUAAACCAAUUACUUUCAGCGAUGUUUUCUUUCGAGGCUUCAAAUGGGGAUUUGCAGCGUUUGUUGUAGCUUUGGGUGUGGAAUAUGCACUACUAUCUCCAAAGAAGAACGGAGGACAUCAUUAGAGAAUGGACUCUUAAAACCAUUGAAACUUCCUGGAAGUUUUGUUAUCCUCAUAACUUUCCUUGAUUGAUGAACAAAUAACUAUCAUUUGAAAUGAGAUAUAAACUUCCUUUUAAGAAUAAAACAAUCUACUGUUACCAA